CCCCUCGCGGCAGCCGGAACUCGGCGGCUCGGGACCUCGGCUGCUCCGGGCCCAGGCCGGACUGCGGCCAUGGCGUCGGCGACCGUGGAGAGCUUCGUGAACAAGCAGUUGGACCUGCUGGCGCUCGAGAGGGACGCGGAGGUCGAGGAGCGCAGGUCCUGGCAGGAAAGUGUCUCUCCGAAAGAACUCCAGAGCCGAGGCGUGUGCUUGCUGAAGCUGCAGGUAUCCAGCCAGCGGACCGGGCUGUACGGACGGUUGCUGGUCACCUUUGAGCCCAGGAGAUGCAUGUCUGCAGCUGUGCUUCCCAGUAACAGCUUUAUUUCCGGUGACAUAGUGGGUCUGUAUGAGGAAGACAGUCAGUUGGCCACUGGGAUCCUGACCCGGAUCACCCAGCAGUGGGUCACCGUGGCCUUUGAUGAGUCCCAUGAUUUACAGUUGAGUUUGGACCAAGAGCAUUCCUACAGGCUGUUAAAACUUGCCAACGACGUCACUUAUAAGCGACUGAAAAAAACUCUGAUUACCCUAAAGAAGUAUCAUUCUGGCCCCGCGUCCUCGCUCACAGAGGUCCUCUUCGGCGGAUCAGACCCCAGCCCUGCCAGUGAGAUACCGCCCCUGACUUUCUACAACGCCACUCUGGACGCCUCCCAGCAGGAAGCGGUCUGGUUCGCGCUGUCCCAGAAGGAACUCGCCAUCAUCCACGGGCCUCCCGGCACCGGGAAGACCACCACUGUGGUUGAAAUCAUUCUCCAAGCUGUGAAACAGGGCUCAAAGGUUCUGUGCUGCGCCCCCUCUAACAUCGCCGUGGACAACUUGGUCGAGCAGCUGGCCCAGUGGAAGCAGAGGCUCCUGCGCCUCGGGCACCCCGCACGGCUCCUGGAGUCUGUCCAGCAACAUUCCCUGGACGCGGUCUUGGCGCGGGGUGACGGCACCCGGAUUGUGGCUGACAUCAGGAAGGACAUCGACCAGGCCUUCGCAAAAAGCAAAAAGACCCGGAAUAAAAGAGAGAAAAGUAAUUUUCGAAAUGAAAUCAAGGUGUUAAGGAAGGAGCUGAAGGAGAGGGAGGAAGCAGCCAUGCUGGAGAGCCUGGUUGCGGCCAACGUGGUCCUCUCGACAAACACAGGUGCCUCUUCGGACGGCCCCUUGAAGCUGCUGCCAGAAGGCCACUUCGACAUGGUGGUCAUUGACGAGUGUGCCCAGGCCCUGGAGGCCAGCUGCUGGAUCCCCCUGCUGAAGGCCAGGAAAUGCGUCCUGGCCGGAGACCACAGGCAGCUGCCCCCCACCAUCUUCUCUCACAAGGCCGCACUGGCGGGGCUGUCGCUGAGCCUGAUGGAGCGCCUGGCGGAAGGGCACGGCGCCAGGUCGGUGCGGAUGCUGAGCGUGCAGUACCGCAUGCACCAGGCCAUUGCGCGCUGGGCCUCGGAGGCCCUGUACCACGGCCAGCUCACGACCCACCCUUCCGUGGCCGGGCGCCUCCUGCGGGAUCUCCCGGGAGUGGCUGCCACAGAGGAGACGGGUGUCCCCCUGCUGCUGCUGGACACGGCCGGCUGCGGGCUGUUUGAGCUGGAGGACGAGGAUGAGCAGUCUAAAGGGAACCCCGGUGAAGUGCGCCUCGUCAGUCUGCACGUCCAGGCGCUGGUGGACGCCGGUGUCCAGGCCGGCGACAUCGCCAUCAUCACCCCGUACAACCUGCAGGUGGACCUGCUCAGACAGAGCCUCACGCACAGGCACCCGGAGCUCGAGAUUAAGUCUGUCGACGGCUUCCAGGGCCGAGAGAAGGAGGCUGUGAUCCUGUCCUUCGUCAGAUCCAACAGGAAAGGUGAGGUUGGCUUCCUCGCCGAGAACCGGCGCGUCAAUGUGGCCGUCACCCGCGCCCGGCGGCACGUGGCCGUGGUCUGCGAUUCCCAUACCGUCAGCAGCCACGCCUUCCUGAAGACGCUGGUGGACUACUUCACAGAGCAUGGGGAGGUGCGCACAGCCUUUGAGUAUCUCGACGACAUCGUCCCUGAAAACUACUCCCGUGAGGGUGCCCAGGGCCCUGGCCAGGCCGACGUGAAGACCCGCGGCUCUGCCGCGACGGCCAGGAGGGCUCCCGGGAGCAGGCAGCCCACGGGGGCCGCGCUGGGUCGGAAGAAGCCGGGCACGGCGCCUUUGUCCUCCGAGGCCCAGCCUCAGCUCAGCCUCAACGGAGGCGGCCGGGAGGGGGCCAGGAGCAGAGAUGGCGCAGAGCAAUUCAGGGCUGUGAUAACGGAGUUCGUGGCGAGUGAGAAGACACAGCUAGAGUUCCCUGCCUCCCUGGAUUCGCAAGACAGGAUGUGGGUCCAUCAGAUCGCGGAAGAGUACGGGCUGAGGCAUGAAAGUGCCGGGGAGGGGAAGGAACGGUUCAUCACCGUGAGCAAGAGGGUCCCAGCGGCCCCUGCGGCUCCAGCAACCCCGGCAGGGCCUGGCAGCAAAGCCCCUCUGUGUCCAGAGCCCCCCAGCCCUGCGCAGGCAGAGCCCGCCAUCGGGGAGCAGAGCAGCCGGGGCCAGCCGGACCUGAAGGCGCUGCACCUGGACAGACUGCAGAGGGCGGGGAGCCAGCCGGAGCAGCGGGCCACGGGCUCCGGGCCGCGGAAGUUACCAGAAAAGAAAAAGAAGAAAGAAGCAGAAGGACCCAUGGCCAUAGAUCUGCCCGCCGGGGAGGACUUUGACGCCCUGGUCUCGGCCGCCAUCAAGGCUGACAACACUUGCGGCCUCGCCGAGUGCACAGCCAGCGUCGUAACCCUGGGCCAGCUCUGUCUGCACUGCGGCCGCCGUUACUGCCUCAGCCACCACCUGCCCGAGAUCCACGGCUGUGGGGAGAGGGCUCGCGCCCAUGCGCGGCAGAGGAUUAGCCGGGAAGGGGUCCUCUACGCUGGCAGCGGGACCAAGGACAGGUCCCUGGACCCUGCCAAGAGGGCCCAGCUGCAGAGGAGGCUGGACAAGAAGCUGGACCAGCUGACCGGCCAGCGGAGGGGCAAGAGGAAGGAGAAGGGGAAGUGAGGCUGGGAACACCACCGCCUGCACCGCCUCUGUGUCUGAAGCUGUGGCUGCCGGUGAGCGGCGCUGCCCCCGGCGUCUUUCUGUCCCUGGCGGCAGCUCCUGGCGACGGUGCUACAGGCAGACCCACGCUGUCUCCCCGGUGACGGGGGCGGUGAGCUGCUCUGAUGUGGUGGGUCGCGGUGGAGAGGCCAUGGGGCACAGCUAGGGCCAGUGGCUGCUUCUCAGGGCUGUUGUAGGGAAGGCCCUGGACUGCUGCGUCCCCUUCCUCACUCCCGGCCCAGGCCAUUUUCCGAGAUCCCGCCCUCGGAAUCACGGGCUGCUGCUUCCGGCGUUGGGAAGGUUCUGUUCCCUCGGACCCCUGCCUGGGCCUCAAACUCCAUAAAAGUGAUGUCCCCGCCGUCAGGGCUGGCCAGCGUUCAGCCCGUCAGGGGAGAGGGCGCCCAGGUGGCGUCUUGGAGCUGGCAUGUGUCCUGCGUGCCCCCGUGCACGGCUCGCCCCUCGUUGGGGCUGUGACUUCACCGAGGCCGUCGUCUGUCUGUGCCCUCGUGGUUGCAGUGGCCCCAGCCUGACCUGACAGCCCUAACCAUUCUGCUGCUGUGCAGGCCCUAGCUCAGGCCCGGGUGUGGUUUACAAAGGCUCCUGGGCCGGCACCUGCCCGUCCUCGGCGCUGUUCCUGGUGACGGUCUCGGGAAAGAGCCACCCCAGAGCGCCGGCGCUGCUGACCCCUGCAGACCCAGAGCCCCCGGAGGUGUCCUCCCGGGUCCUUCAUUGAAGAGAACCCCAGGUGGAUGUAUUCUUUUAUCCUCAGAGUUUUUUGUGUUUCAAAGGGAUAUAAGUGAUUUAAAAACCAAAUAAAAAUACGUGCACGUUGUCCACAG